AAACAAACACCUGUCAAGAUUGGUCAGGGAAGCUGCUACCAAACCAUAUGAUUUCUGCACGUUGCACGUUGUUAAGUUUUCGUUUCGGUUGUGAGCACGGUGAGCACCAGUCCACAAUAUAUGUAUACAAUCAGCAGAUUGGUAAACUCUAAUGUAGUUAGAUCAAAAGUGUCUGUACGCUGGAACUCUGCGCAUAAGAAAUUGAACAAGCUGCUCAGCAAAAUGCCGCUCGAUCCGAAACACAUUGCCGAGGCACAGAAGCAACGUUUGAAGCUGAAGCAAAAGGUGUCGAAAGUUUCACCCGGCAUCGUGAACCUGCAGGUGUUGGGAUGCGGUGCACCGGGCACACCGGCCUCGGUGUAUCUGUUUACGGACCAAACCCGCUACCUGUUCAACUGUGGCGAAGGUACGCAAAGGCUGGCGUACGAGCAUAAAACGAAGCUGUCCUGUUUGGAAAACAUUUUCAUGACACGAACCAACUGGGAACGGAUCGGCGGCCUGCCAGGCAUCUGCUUGACGAUGCAAGACGUCGGUGUACCGGCCGUGUCGCUUCACGGACCGCCCGGGCUGGACGAGCUGUUCAAAGCGAUGCGACGGUUCGUCAUACUGAAGGACAUGAAAGUGGAAGCGUCCGAGUAUGCGACGGGGGAUGUGUACGAGGACCAUGUUAUGACGCUUCGCUACGUCGUGAUCAAUCGGCAACCGGCCAGCGGUGCCAGGGAAGCCGGAUCCGACGAAGACCAAAACCAGGAUGAAGCCACCGUUGACGAUACGGAUUACUAUGCGUACGAGAGAAAACGGGAAACACUUCAAAAGCCCCAAUCGGAUGCUGCUAAAACCGUUCAAUCGACCAACUGGACAAAGCGGGAGGAAAGUUCGGUAAUGGCUUACAUCUGCAAGCUGAAACCACGCCAUGGGCAGCUAUCGUUAGAGAAGUGUGUGGAGCUGGGUGUUCCGCCCGGGCCUCUGUUGGGACAGCUGAAAAAUGGCAACGAUGUUACGCUUCCCGAUGGUCGCGUUGUGAGAUCGUGUGAGGUGCGGGCGCCCGAUGAUCCCGGUCCGGUGUUCAUGUUCAUCGACAUUCCCAGCCGGGAGUACAUGGACGAUUUCGUGGCAAAGGCGGAACUGUUUGAGAAGUAUCAGCAAACAGCGGCGGAAGAAUCCGAUCAGGCCAUAUUCGUGGUGCACUUCAGUCCGCUCGAUGUGAUGCGCUGUGAUGAGUAUCGACAGUUUAUGGACCGGUUUUCCGCCAGCACCAGGCAUAUUGCGCUGAACGAGGUGAAUAGCUUUUCCGGGUACAUUGCGGCACACCGGAUACAGUAUCACUUGAACCAACUGGAUGGACAAAUCUUCCCGCUUCUAAGAGAGGAAAACAAUCAGUAUGCGGAUCCUCCAGCAAACGACACAGAUUUGGUGCGAUCGUCUUCGCUGAGUUACAUGCACAUUCGACCACCGAAAGGCAUCGAUAGAACGCUGGAGGCAUCCUUGAAUCCGCAGGAGUACCUUAAUGAACUGGAGCUGUUACCGGACUUUAAAGAGGCACUUGCUGAAUUGAAGCAACAACUCGCACAACACACCGCCCGAAGGUCUGCCGCGGUUAGGGCAGAACAGUUUCCACGCUUAAUUUUUCUCGGCACCGGAUCAUCGAUUCCGAACAAAACGCGAAACGUUAGUGCUAUUUUGAUCUUGACUAGCAAACAAUCAUCGAUACUGUUGGACUGUGGCGAAGGAACCGUGGGGCAGAUAUGGCGAGUUUUUGGGAAAGAGCAAGCAGAAGAAAUCUUGCGAUCGAUAAAAACGGUCUACAUUUCUCACCUACAUGCAGAUCAUCAUCUAGGUUUGAUUGGUCUGCUACAAGCUCGCAAGAAGCUGUUGGGUGAUAACUGUGAACGCUUAACCCUGGUGGCACCGGAGCAAAUUUCCUACUGGCUGAGGCUGUACGAUUGUCGGUUCGAAACCAUCCACAAAGACUAUGUGCUUGUAAAGAAUGCUGAUCUGUUGGAAAAUCCUCUACAAGAUGAAAAGCUGCUAGCAAUGGGCAUCAAGGAGAUUGCCACCUGUCGCGUUCGCCACUGUCCCCAUUCGUUCGGGGUCGCGUUGAAAGUGGCAUCGCUUGGAACGCACCCGGAAACGAACAUCGAAGGAGAUGUAAAAAUCACGUACAGUGGCGACACGAUGCCUUGCGAAAGCCUGAUCGAGCUGGGCCGUGAUUCGACCGUGCUCAUACACGAGGCAACGAUGGAGGAUGAACUAGCAGCGGAGGCACGCAUCAAAAUGCACAGUACACUGUCGCAGGCGAUCGAACAGGGCCGUAAAAUGAAUGCACGAUACACGCUGCUAACACACUUUAGCCAGCGGUACGCCAAAAUUCCCCGCCUCCGGCCAGAUCAACAGCAGACGGGCCUGGGCACCGAUCUGGGCAUUGCCUUCGACAACAUGGAAGUAACGCUGGACGAUUUGCCAACAUUGUGUAAGUUCUAUCCCGCCCUAAAAGCCAUGUUUAUCAGUCACUUUGAGGAAAUGGAACAGAAGGCGAUAAAGCGGGGCAACAAAAAGUUACGCCUCGAAACGGCUACCAGAAGCAAAGAAUGUUCGCCAACGCGAUGAGUCAGCUUCUGCUAUGAUAUAGAAUAGGGAUUGGUAAGGAACAAUCUUUUAAAACAGUGAAAUAAAACAUGAAAUUGAAAGCAAAUGCAUCAUUCACAAACACACGAUGUAAGAUUUUCAGAAUAUUCGAUUUAUUUCUCACUUCAUUUAGUUCAAUGUAUAGGUGUUUUUCUUCGUAUUGACUAAACGUUGAUGCUCAAUCGCUUGCUUGCUUUUUCUCUCUCUCUCUCUGUUAUUCAACACCCUCUAUUUUUGACCGUUUGUUGCAUCUUUUUGUUGCUCUCUGUCACUGAAGCUUUCAAGUCAAAUGUAAUACGCUUUCUUAUGCUUAAUGCUUGCAUUCUUAUAGUUUAACGUUUGUUUUGUUUUGGGUUUGUGUUUUGUUUGUUUGCCCUUAAAUAAAGCAUAUAGCAAUGGAAAUUUGAUGUUAUUAGUGUGGUUGCUGUUGCUGUACUGUACUGAGAAGUUUAUCCUACACAUUACCACUGUAAUUAAGGUGCUCCCACGUCCAAGUACGGUAAUAUUCUUUAGUUCACUUAUCGUUAAUACCGUUCCACCGUUUGCUGUUCUUGAUACUGGUGCGAUUUUUUGUUUUAUUUUGUUGUUUUUUGUUUGGAAGAUACUCUCCAAUAAUCUCGCCCGCUUUCCAAGAUUAAACGUGCUCAUCAAACGUGAAGUAUUAUGAUUCAGAUUGUAUGUUUUAUUCGAACGACAUUCGCUCUUAGUUUGUGUUACUCCGGUCAUUCUUCCCCACAGCCUCUGUCAGGUUCGACGAGGUGUCGAUAGAUAGUAAUUUUUCCUCUCUUCCCUUACCUCAUUUCCGUAAUUGUAAUAAAUGUGUAAAAUGAAUGUAUUUGUAUGCGUGCGUUAGUUACAUGUUACACCAUCACGUACCUAGUGGCUUGCCAUUCGGACUGGGAAUCGUCCAUUCCAUUCCGAAGUAUGAUUACUACCGUUUGAUCACAUUUACAAUGCAGUCACGUGUUUAGUUAGCGAAAUCAGAUACGGUUUCGGUUUUAAAAUAUAACCGUUUUUAGCAUUAGAUUUUUAAUCGUUUAAAAAUCCCGCUCAAUAGCAUUAUAAAUUAUAGUUUACAGUAAAUUGUAGCGCAAUUUCCCUUACCCAGAUGCAGAUGUUAUUUAAGUGAACCUGUCCGUGCAUGGCACUAAAAUGCGAUACACAUGAUUUUUAUUCCUCUUCUUUUUUAUCUGUUUACUUAUUUUGGCAUCUUAUACAAGCGAAAGAUUCAAUUCGAAAAUGGUGUAUGACUGCGUGUGUUGUAGAAACAAAUGUCGUAUAAGGUAUUGGCAACAUAAAUUCGUCAGUUUGAUUUAUUGAUUAACGGAGGGGAUUAUACGGUGUAUUGACAGACUAUGGUGAAUUAUCUUCUCGUUCGUCCUACUAUUCUAUCGGGUAACAGAUUUGCAAUAUCUUAAAUAUGAAUGUUUAUACAAAACCGACUAUCGAAAGGCAAUACCGAUUUAUGUAUGUACGAACUAGGGCCUGAACAUGCCAUGUUCUUGCUUUUUUUUUUAAACAUUCCACCAACUUUUCUCAUUAUAUUAUAUACUGUUAUGGUGCUAUUGUUAAUGUUAGCAAUGUCUUUUUAGAUCUCGAAAUAAUUUCAUUAACUUUUAGACGACAGAUAGAACUAAAUAACACAGAAGAUGGUAUUUUGCUGUUGCAAAACUUAACAUACACAAAAAAGUGAACCAAUAAUUUCGAAGGAAUCACUUCACAUCAAACGCUUGUGCAAAAUUGAUUUACAUGCAAUUUUUCUGCUAACAUCAUACAGUGUACAGCCGUUUGCAAUAGAUUAUCGUGACACAAUUGUAAAAAAAGAACGUUUGAUUCGGAAGAUAGUUUCAGCCUAGCCUUAAUACUUAGCGUUAUGCAUUAUGUAUCUUUUCGUUUUGCCUUUUCUUUAUCCAUCCGUGCGUGUGUGUGUGCAAUUCCUAUUCAAUUUCUUUUAAUUAACACUUCACCACCAUCAAACUUUGCUUGUCGAUCUUUAGGGAAAUGUCGUACUUGUUUUUUUAGCUACUGAACGUUUACAGUGAUCAUAAUAGCGAUUUAUUUGUGCAUCAAAAUAUACCAUACGAACUUAUUAUUCGCACGGUAAGUUUUAUGUGUGUAAUUCUAGCACGUCGUUGUCGUUACGAGUUAACCGUAGAAAACCACUAACUUGGGUUGGGGGACUUUUUUUGCCGUGACUAGUGAUCUGGUGUGUGUGUGUGUGCUAGAAGUUCUAUCUGUUUGUGUGUAUUAUUGAGACUGUGGAACAUGUUUUCCCUUUUGUUCUGUUUUGCGCUACGUUUCUACGCUUCCGCAUACGAUUGAACGAUCGCGUACAAAGUGACGACGAUCGUUCACUUUAAACAUGCUUAUAGAAAAAGAUUGAAAAUAGAUCUUAGCUAUAAAUUGGUCGGAGUAUAUAUCAUGUGUUUUAGGUGUAUUGAUUCAUACCGAUGCGCAACACGUUUGUGGAGCAAAUGUUGCUUCCAUCCUGCGCAUGGCGAUCUACCUCUUGCCUUCUACCUUGCUGCCAUACGUAUCCACGUCCGGUUUCUGCAUUUGUUCAUCUCUUUCAGGAGACAUGACAGAUUUUGUGUUUACCUUUCCUUUUAAAAAAUAUCUCUUCCAUAGUAACGACGCUAAAAAACAUCCAACAUUUUCGAUACCUAACAGUGUGAUAGAAACAAAACACAUCUCUAGUACUUUCUUUGUUAAACGAAAAGUAUCCUUUCGAAUUUAAGGUAGCAGAUACUCUCUUUAACUGCUGUUCAAGUUUUUGUGACAACGGAUUCUUCGGUUUUCGCUAUCUUUCAGGUCAUGAUCAAUGGUGCACAGGAUGUGUCUCGGGAUAUGGAAUAAUUUCUGGAGAUUCUCGUUAGUGAUCACACAAUACACAUUCAUUUGUUCACUUGUAUUUCAUGAAAGUGUGUUACAUUUGAAUGUGUUAUCCUUUGCUCUCUCGUGACAAAUUCGAUUCGAUUUCAUCUCUUCUUUUGUAUUCUUUUCACUAUUUGGUGAUUUUU